GUCGCCAUCGAAGCCGUUGUCGGUGUCGAGUCCACGAGGUAUCCGUGCGAGCAGGCUGACUCCACAGCGCAGUGCUCAUCCCGGCUGACCAACACAUCUGAGGACAUGCGGACCGGGGAGGACGUUAUCGCUGUGGUCCUGAACCCGGACGACGCUCGCGAACUAUGCCGGUGUCGGUGUCGAAGUCGCAGGCGCAGGCCGCCGGGGCCGUCGUCCAGCGAGCGAGACCGAGCGGAGCAGGUGAUUCACCAACACCAGCGCUUUCCCUGGCUGAUCAGUCAGGAUUAGGUGCGGACCAGGGCGCGUCUGGCACGAGUGGGCCUGAACCCCGUAUGCCGCUCGCUGGAAUGCUGAAGUCGAGGGCCGUCGUCCGCUGAGAAGGAGGAGGGAUGUGAAGGAGGGGAAGAUGGGGAUUGGGGAAUGAGCUCCCCCGUAUAUAUACCAUUGGCGAUGGCUGUACCGACUUGCAGCAAUAGCUGUGCAGCACUAGACGUUGUCAAUGGUCAGCUCGCCGUCAUGUUCCCCCGCCUACUGCAGCGCGCUCGACCGUUGCCUCUGCUUGUAGAGCGGAGGAGCAGUGCCAGUAAUCGCUAGAUCGAGUUCGAAACGCUGAGGAUGCGGCCGCGGCAACGGCGGCGAGGGUGACGACCGCGAGCGUUCGGGACAGGCGCUCUGCCCCUUCUCCGCCCAACGAUCGCCCCGCGUGGCCUGGGGUUGUGCGCGUGGC